CCUGAGCUGUCGAAUAACAAGCGAAAAAAAUAGGACGAAAAAAAAAAAAAAAUCUAAAUUUAAAAAAGGAGAAAAAAAGGAAAAAUAGGGUUAGGGAUUUUGACCGCGGAGCGAGAUUUGGGGCUUUCAAUCCGAUCCAAUCAUCGCCGCUCCCACGGAUCGCGGUUUUCCGGCGAGCGAUCCCACCCCUCUCCCCCUCUCAAAUCCCUUCAAAUCCGCUGUUUUCGAUACGUGAGAUCGCCGGAGAGAUCGCCGGGAAACCGCUUUUGGGGCCGGCGUCGGGAUCGGGGGAGGUUUCCGCGCCCGAUCCCCGUGGUUGUAGGGUCAGGGUUUCGGAUCGGGCAUGCAAUCGGGUGGAGGGGGCGGUGGAGGAGGAGGAGGAGGAGGAGGAGGUGGAGGGAGCGGGCGGAGCGCCGCGGCGGCGGCGAUGGGGGGGCGGAGGUCGCCGUCGUCGUCGGCGUCGCCGUCGUCGUCCUCCUCCGCGCAGGGGCAUCUAGGGUUUGAGUCGUCUACGACGCAGCAGCAGCAGCAACAGCAGCAACAGCAGCAGCAGCUCGUGUAUAGGCUGGCAUUGCAGCAGCAAGAGCAGCAGCAGCAGCAGCUCAGAAAAGCUGAUGGGGAAAAUGUGCUCUUACCCUAUCAAUUUGGUAAUCCCCAUGGGCCAAUGGGGGGAAGCAACUUUUCUUCUUCUUCUGGUGCUAUACCUCUGCCUCAGCCUCAGAGGAAGUUAAACGAUUCGCCUCAUCAGCCUAAUGAAAGCCAGAAUAAACCUCAGGGUCUCGGUCCGCACGUGCACCAAGCUUACCUCCAAUUUGCUUUGCAGGCGGCCCAACAACAAAAGUCUCAUGGGAACCUACUGGCCCAACAACAACAGCAACACCAACAGGCUAAAUCUAAUACAAUUAGCCCUGCAGGGAGAAACCAGGACGUUCUUGCGAAUGCCAUGAAGAUGCAGGAGCUCAUGACUCUUCAGGCAGCAAGCCAGGCACAGUUGUCUAAGUUACGUGAGCAGGGGCAACCUAGUGGCCCAACAACUAAUGUAGCGAGGCCCAUGCAAUCUUUGUAUCCACAAGCUAGUUCAAGCAAUGUUGCUAAUAGUAAUAAUCAGAUGGCGAUGGCCCAGUGGCAAGCUGUGCAGCUUUGGGCCAAGGAGCAGAAUAUCGAUCUCUCUGUUCCAGCUAACAUGAAUCUCGUCGCCCAAGUUCUGCCACUUUGGCAAUCAGCUAGGAUGGCUGCUGUUCAGAAGCAGAAUGAAGCUAACAUAAGUGCACAGCAAUCAAAACAACCGGUCAUGUCUUCACCUGUUGGGAGCGAAAAUUCUGCCCAAUCUGGGCCUUUAAAACCCCGACAGCCUUUUCCAUCUAACCCAAUGGCGACCGGAGGGGAUACUUUGGCGGUGAAUCCUAAUACUAUCCAGAUGCAACAACAAAUAGGUGGUCGUAGCAGGGAGGGGCAAAAUGAGAGAGUUGUUAGACACCCAAUGACAAUUGGAACUGGAGGGCAAGUUAAUAACCAGGCUCCUCCUGAGCAGACAGGGUCUGAAACACUGCAGAUGCAAUAUAAUAGGGCCCCACAACCGCCGAACCGACCCACUGGGCCCUCAAUUUCAUCUCAAGCUACACCAGCACAGAUGCCAAGGCAAAAUGUUGGGUUCACGAAAGAGCAACUUCAUGUUCUUAAAGCUCAAAUAUUAGCUUUUAGGCGUCUCAAGCGUGGUGAGCGCACUCUGCCACCAGAAGUUCUUGAAGCGAUUACAUCUCCAGCACCUGAAUCACAGAGACAGCAGAAUACUGUCUUCCCAGGUAUGGGUAAUCGAGAAAAGGCUGCAGUAAACCAAGUUGAAGAGCCAGCAAAGCAUGCUGAGACUAAUGAGAAGGCUCCGGAAAAUGCUCCUCCGCUUCAAGCCCAUCGUCAGCCAAAGGAGGAGGCCACUGCUGUUGAAGAAAAAGCUUCUGUCAUGAGCAACAUGCAACGAAUGGCACCUUCAUCAAAAGAACCGUUGCAAGUUGGAUCUUUUUCAAAACUUGAGCAAAAUAAUCUUAAUAAUAUCAAAUCUGAGCAAGAGGUUGGAAGAGGAAAUCAAAAGAGUUAUACUAAGAGUGAUUAUAAUGGUGAAAAGGGUAAAUCUGUACCGCCUGAUGCGAGCAUUGUGGACGCUGAGCAUGUGCAAAAACCUGCAGCAACAAAUAACAUGUCUGCGCAAAGAGAUCCUGCGAGAAAAUUUCAUGGCCCAAUUUUCGAUUUUCCGUCCUUUACGAGAAAACAUGAUUCUUUGGGACCAAUGUCUGCUAAUUACUCGAGUAAUUUGACGCUAACUUAUGAUGUGAAAGAUUUGCUUGCUGAGGAAGGUACAGUUGUGCUUAACAAGAAAAGAACUGAGAAUCUUAACAAGAUCAGCGGAUUGCUGGCAAUUAACCUAGAGAGGAAAAGGAUCAGACCUGAUCUCGUUUUACGGCUGCAAAUUGAAGAAAAGAAACUCAGGCUUCUAGAUCUUCAGGCUCGUCUGAGGGAUGAGCUUGAUCAGGAACAGCAGGAAAUAAUGGCGAUGUCAGACCGGCCAUACAGAAAGUUUGUUAGGCAAUGCGAGCGCCAAAGAGUUGAGCUUUUGCGGCAGGUUCAGCAAUUACAGAAGGCCUCUAGAGAGAAGCAGCUCAAAUCCAUCUUCCAGUGGCGCAAGAAGCUCUUGGAGACCCACUGGGCUAUUCGUGAUGCGCGGACAACACGGAACAGAGGAGUUGCAAAGUACCAUGAGAGGAUGCUGAGGGAGUUUUCUAAGAGAAAAGAUGACGACCGCAACAAGAGGAUGGAGGCAUUGAAGAACAAUGAUGUGGACAGGUAUCGUCAGAUGUUGCUAGAGCAGCAGACUAAUGUGCCUGGUGAUGCGGCUCAACGAUAUUCUGUCCUGUCCUCCUUUUUGUCCCAGACAGAAGAUUAUCUUCUUAAACUUGGAGGAAAGAUAACAGCUGCAAAGAAUCAUCAAGAAGUGGCUGAGGCGGCGAAUGCUGCUGCAACAGCUGCACGUGCACAGGGUCUUUCUGAAGAAGAAGUCAAGGCAGCAGCUGCAUGCGCCCGUGAGGAAGUGAUGAUAAGGAAUAGGUUCUCUGAGAUGAACGCUCCCAAAGACAGUUCAUCUGUUAACAAGUAUUAUAAUUUGGCUCAUGCCGUUAAUGAACGAGUUCUGAGACAGCCAUCAAUGUUACGAACUGGAACUUUGAGAGAUUAUCAACUUGUUGGGCUGCAAUGGAUGCUCUCUUUGUACAAUAACAAGUUGAAUGGUAUCUUGGCAGAUGAGAUGGGUCUCGGCAAGACUGUGCAGGUUAUGGCAUUGAUUGCUUACUUAAUGGAGUUCAAAGGGAAUUAUGGGCCGCAUCUUAUAAUAGUUCCAAAUGCUGUCUUAGUCAAUUGGAAGAGCGAACUGCUUAGUUGGUUGCCAUCAAUAUCAUGCAUUUUUUAUGUUGGUGGAAAGGAUCAAAGGUCAAAACUGUUCUCUCAGGAGGUUUGUGCUGUAAAGUUUAAUGUGCUUGUGACAACAUACGAAUUUGUGAUGUAUGAUCGUUCCAAGCUCUCAAAAAUUGAUUGGAAGUACAUUAUAAUUGAUGAAGCCCAAAGAAUGAAAGAUAGAGAGUCGGUUUUGGCACGUGAUCUUGAUCGGUAUCGCUGCCAGAGACGAUUGCUUCUCACUGGGACUCCUCUCCAGAAUGAUUUGAAGGAGCUAUGGUCCCUCUUGAAUUUACUUCUCCCCGAAGUAUUUGACAAUCGUAAAGCAUUUCAUGAUUGGUUCUCAAAGCCCUUUCAGAAGGAUGGGCCUUCUCACACACAAGAGGAAGACGACUGGCUGGAAACAGAGAAGAAAGUUAUUAUCAUCCAUCGGCUUCACCAAAUUUUGGAACCUUUUAUGCUUAGAAGACGUGUAGAGGACGUUGAAGGUUCACUUCCUCGGAAGGUCUCUAUUGUUCUAAGGUGUAGGAUGUCAGCCAUUCAAGGCGCUAUAUAUGAUUGGAUCAAAUCCACUGGUACCAUUAGGGUUGAUCCUGAGGAUGAGCUGCGAAGAUUCCAGAAAAAUCCAAUGUACCAGGUCAAAACAUAUAGGAACCUCAACAAUAAGUGUAUGGAAUUGCGCAAAGCCUGCAACCAUCCCCUACUCAACUACCCUUAUUUUAAUCAUUAUUCAACGGAUUUUCUAGUGAGAUCUUGCGGAAAACUCUGGAUUCUCGAUAGGAUCCUUAUAAAGCUCCAGAGAGCAGGACACCGUGUUCUUCUGUUCAGUACUAUGACCAAACUUCUCGAUUUGUUAGAAGAAUAUUUGCAAUGGAGGCGGCUCAUUUAUCGACGGAUAGAUGGAACGACUAGCUUAGAAGAUCGUGAGGUGGCAAUUGUGGACUUCAACCGUCCUGAUUCAGAUUGCUUUAUCUUCUUGCUCAGUAUUCGUGCUGCUGGAAGAGGUCUGAAUUUACAAACCGCGGAUACUGUGGUAAUUUACGACCCAGAUCCAAACCCACAAAAUGAGGAGCAGGCGGUGGCUAGGGCCCACCGUAUUGGGCAGAAGCGAGAGGUUAAGGUUAUAUACAUGGAAGCUGUUGUUGAUAAAAUCUCAAGCUAUCAGAAAGAGGAUGAAUUAAGAAAUGGAGGAACGGGGGAUUUAGAAGAUAUUGAUCUUGCGGGGAAAGACCGCUACAUGGGAUCGAUUGAGAGCCUAAUCCGCAACAACAUUCAGCAGUACAAGAUCGACAUGGCUGAUGAAGUUAUUAAUGCUGGUCGCUUCGAUCAGCGGACGACGCACGAGGAAAGGCGGAUGACUUUGGAGACAUUACUACAUGAUGAAGAGAGAUACCAAGAAACUGUUCAUGAUGUUCCAUCUUUGCAAGAGGUGAAUCGAAUGAUUGCUCGAAGUGAAGAAGAGGUUGAGCUUUUCGAUCAGAUGGACGAAGAAUUAGAUUGGACUGGAGAUAUGGUGAAGCACAGCCAAGUACCAAAGUGGCUUCGUGCUAGUUCUAGGGAAGUUGAUUCUAUCACUGCUAGCUUAUCUAAAAAGCCCUCAAAGAAUAUAUUAUCGAGCAACCCUGAGUUAGUAACAGGCGACCUAUUCACUGGACAAACUGAGAGGAGGAGGGGACGGCCUAGGGGUUCAACUACGAAGAAGUACUCAAUUUACAGGGAGGUGGAUGAUGAAGAUGUUGAGGAUUCUGAUGUUGACUCGGACGAGAGGAAUGUGUCGUCUUUGCGUGAAGAGGAGGGUGAAGUGGGAGAAUUUGAAGAUGAAGAAUUUAAUGAUCCUGCUGAUGUCAUACCCGAUAAUAAGGACCACUCAGAAGAGGAAGGGCUGAUCGGUGAUGGUGAUGGUGAUGGUGGUGGUGGUGGUGGUUAUGAUUUUCCCCAGGUAAUGGAAGGCGAAAAGAAUAACCAUAGGUUUGAGGAAGCUGGUUCUACAGGAUCUUCUUCGGGGAGUCAAAGAAUACCGCAGCUUGCCACUCCCUCUAUGUCUUCACAAAAGUUUGGGUCUCUUUCUGCUUUAGAUGCCAGGCCUCCUCUUCUUUCGAAAAGAAUGUCUGAGGAGCUAGAGGAAGGAGAAAUCGCAUUAUCAGGUGAUUCCCACAUGGAUAUGCAGCAGCAGUCGGAAAGUUGGGCCCAUGACCGCGAAGAUGGCGAGGAUGAACAAGUUCUUCAACCGAAGAUAAAGCGCAAACGCAGUAUCCGGACUCGCCCAAGAUCCAGUUUUGAAAAGCUAGAAGAAAGAUCGGGUGGGGAUGGAGCCUUCACUGCUCGCAGUUCUCAGCUAGAUAGGCGACUAAGAUCAGACCAAGAAGUUGCUGCAGUUGGCGAGCCAGUUCUUGGGAGACACGGCAUGAAUGCUUCAUCUAUAGAACAAAGGCGUAAUUUACCAUCGAGAAAGGUUUCGCCUGUUGUUACGCAGCAGAAGUCAGGUAAGUUGAAUUACUUGUCUGGACCCGGAGAGGGGUCUGUGGAGCAUUCUAGGGGAAGUUGGAACACCAAAUCUGUAAUUGGGUCUACGGGCCCCUUUGGUGGCACAAAGAUGUCCGACAGUACACAAAGGAAGUGCAAGAAUGUAAUCAGCAAACUCCGUAUGAGGAUCGAUAGGGAGGGGCGUCAACUCCUACCUGUACUAACUGAUUGGUGGAGGAGGAAUGACUCUUCUGCUUUUGUGACUUCGACUAGCAGCCCUUUGGACCUGCAAAAAAUCGAGCAGCGAGUUGACGGUUUUGCCUAUAACGGCGUGGAUGACUUCAUAGCAGAUGUGCAGCUGAUGUUGAGUAAUGUCGUUCAGUAUUGCAACUCCUCUUAUGAGGUGCGUAGUGAAGCUGGCAAGCUUCAAAACCUAUUCUUCGACAUCAUGAAGAUUGCAUUCCCCGACACAGACUUCAGAGAAGCAAGGAAUUCUCUCUCAUUUUUCAUUCCUGGAGGAUCCGCCGCCGCCGCCGCCGCCGCCGCUGCUGCCGCUGCCCCUUCACCCAAAUCGGCCCCCUCCGGCCUGAGCAGACGACAAGACACUGGCACCCCCAAAGCUUCCUCCCAUGGUGCCGAGCCUGCCGAUGAACCUCGGAACAGAAGCUAUCCUUCUAAGCUUCAGAGAGAAUCAAGAUCUACUCUGUCUUCCGAACGCCCCCCGCCCCCUCUGCUGGCCCACCCAGGCGAUCUGGUAAUCUGCAAGAAGAAGAGGAAAGACCGGUCCGGCCCAGUGUCUCCGGCCGGGUCCGGUCGGGGUGUCCCCCUCUCCGCGAGGAACCCUACUCCUGGCAGGAUGGGCCCACUUUCCCCGCCCCCUUCGAGUAGAACCCUACGCGGUCCAUCUCAACUGGCGACCCAGUCAGUCGGCUGGGCCCAUCAGUCCGGUGGCACCACCAGUGGCAGUGGUGGUGGGGGUAGUGGGUCGCCCGCCGGUAUCGGAGACGUCCAGUGGGCCAAAACUGUAAAGAGGAUGAGGACGGAUGCCGGGAAAAGACGGCCAAGCCAUGUAUGAUGAUGUACCUAACUCCUCUGGUCUGUAUAUUUGUUCUACCAUCAGAUAACACUAGCUAUUUUGUAGAGCUUACUCCAUUCAUCCGCGCCCCAUCCCCUCCGGAAUCUUCUAUCUGUACUUGAAUCUCCCCAUCUCUGCUCAAUGCCCAUGGCAAUGGUGUUGUGAUGAAUUUAAAGGGAAGAGGAUGAGAUGUGUCUCUGAUAUUUUCAUUUUAAUGAAGUAUAUAUAAUUGUUCC